AUGCCAUCAUUCCUGGAAGUGACCACCACGCUGCCAUUCAGCUAUGAAAAUGCUAAGGAGUAUACGAAAAGCGUGGAGCGACCCACCUUCUAUAUCUCUAUAGCGUACAUCGUGGUCAUAUUUACUACCAAAGCCAUAAUGACUAAUUUCAAGCCAUUCCAAUUGACCUCUGCGCUGAAUUUCUGGAACGCAUGGUUGGCGAUAUUCAGCACUAUUGGAAGUCUUGUCACAGGAUAUGGUCUAUUCUAUGAAAUCUUUCAUAGAGGACUUGUGUCUUCCUACACUCACAUUGGCGACUACUUCCAUGGCUACAGUGGGCUAUUGACGUUCCUGUUCGUGAUGAGCAAAGUCCUCGAAUUUGGGGACACAAUUCUUCUGGUUCUGCGCAAGAAGCCUCUUAUUUUCCUGCACUGGUAUCACCAUGUGUUGACUAUGAACUAUGCCAUAAUGUCGUACUCGCACGACAUCGCCUACAAUAGCUGGAUCACCUGGAUGAACUUCACAGUACAUUCGAUUAUGUAUGGAUAUUACAUGCUCCGAUCAAUGGGUGUGAGUGUUCCAGCUUGGGUGGCCAAGAACAUCACGACAAUGCAGAUUCUGCAGUUCGUUAUCACCCAUCUGAUUCUCUUCCACGUUGGAUACCUGGUCAGUCAGGGAGUCGAAGUCGACAGUACACCUAUCGUAUUCUGG